GCAGAGUCAGAGUCUCGGAGAAGUGAUUUUGCUGGUGCUGGCUUUCCUGUCCUGCUUCUGCGAUUUGCGGGAUGGAAGGUUCAGAGGAGAUGGUAGUAGCAGUUAUCAUGGUUGGAGGACCUACCAUAGGUACACGGUUUAGACCACUCUCAUUCAACGUUCCAGAGCCACUCUUCCCCUUGGCUGGGCACCCUAUGGUUCAUCAUCCCAUUUCUGCUUGCAAAAGGAUUAGGAACUUGGCUCGAAUUCUGCUUAUUGGAUACUAUGAGGAGAAGGAAUUCACUCUGUAUGUUUCUUCCAUCUCCAAUGAACUCCAAGUUCCAGUGAGGUACUUGAAAGAAGACAAGCCACAUGGUUCAGCUGGGGGUCUUUAUUAUUUUAGAGACGUUAUCAUGGAAGAUAGUCCAUCGCAUAUCUUUCUCCUGAAUUGUGAUGUUUGCUGCAGCUUUCCAUUGCCAGACAUGCUUGAGGCUCAUAGAAAAUAUGGUGGGAUGGGAACGCUACUUGUGAUCAAGGUUUCUGCUGAAUCAGCAAAUCAAUUUGGUGAACUUGUUGCAGAUCCGAAUACGAAAGAGCUGUUGCAUUAUACAGAGAAACCUGAGACAUUUGUCAGCGAUCUGAUAAACUGCGGUGUCUAUGUAUUUACACCGGAUAUCUUUACUGCAAUUGAAAGUGUGUUCGCAAACCGAGAAGACAGAGCCAAUCCCCUCCGUGACACCAGCUUUGAGUCUUUAUACUCUUCCACAAGAAUCAGUGUUCCAAAGGGCUUCGUAAGGUUGGAUCAAGAUAUAUUGUCUCCCCUAGCUGGAAAGAAACAAUUGUAUACAUAUGAAACAACAGAUUUCUGGGAACAAAUAAAAGCUCCUGGGAUUUCCUUGAAAUGUUCGGCAUUGUAUCUCUCCCGAUUUCGUGCUACAGCUCCGGGUCUUUUGGCUAGUGGAGAUGGAACAAAGAAGGCCAAAACUGUAGGCGAAGUGUAUGUUCAUCCAUCUGCAAAAGUGCAUCCUACAGCAAAGAUUGGUCCGAAUGUCUCUAUUUCAGCAAAUGUUCGAGUAGGAGCAGGAGUGCGGCUGAUAAAUUCGAUAAUCUUGGAUGAUGUUGAGCUUAAGGAAAAUGCAGUUGUCAUUAAUUCUAUUGUGGGCUGGAAAUCGUCUUUGGGAAGAUGGGCAAGAGUUCAGGGUGAUGGAAAUUAUAAUUCGAAGCUUGGAAUAUCACUCCUUGGAGAAGCUGUGACUGUGGAAGAUGAAGUAGUGGUGACGAGCUGCAUAGUUCUUCCAAACAAGGCGAUUAAUGUCAGUGUCCAAGAGGAGAUCAUCUUGUAAAACAGACAGUAGCAGCUGAUUCGGGUUAUGGUUUCUACUUUGGCUCACUCUCGAAAGGCUAAUGGUGGAUCUUGUUGACGCAAUCUUUCAGCUAUGUCGUGGACCGAAACUAUAGAUUGAAAACAGGAAACCCUUUUCUUGACUCGUGUUUUCUCUUGUUGGGAUGAGGAGUGAUUCAUUACAUUAUGAUCUUUAAAGAUACAGAAAAGCAAACAGAGGCAGAAGGUUUGAUGCUCCGGGUAAAAUCAUUAGUCGUUUAACUUGACUUAAGUUAGCCACUAACUAUUGUUUAGUCGCUAGCUAGGUUACGAUUGGUGUAUUAAUUUGGUUUCAGUUUUCCCGUCUUGUAUCAGUUA